UGGGCUGGAAUUGACACACAAUGAGGAGUCGGGAGCAGCCGCUCAAAAGCCUUCUGUAAAUAAACAGGACCUUUAUCAGGCCGGUGAACUAUGGAGAAUCAGUGCACGGUUCAGGUAAAGCUUGAGUUGGGUCACCGGGCCCAGCUGAGGAAGAAGGUGACAUCAGAGGGCUUCACCCAUGACUGGAUGGUGUUCGUGCGAGGCCCCGAGAGCAGCGACAUUCAGCACUUUGUGGAUAAAGUCGUCUUCCGGCUGCACGAGAGCUUUCCUAAACCCAAGAGGGUGUGUAAGGAGCCCCCAUACAAGGUUGAGGAGUCUGGUUAUGCUGGCUUUCUGAUGCCCAUAGAGGUCUAUUUCAAAAACAAGGAGGAGCCAAAGAAGGUGUGCUUCAAUUACGACCUCUUCCUCAACCUGGAGGGUAACCCGCCUGUCAAUCACCUGCGCUGUGAGAAACUCACCUUUAAUAACCCCACCCGUGACUUUCGUCGCAAGCUGGUCAAGGCUGGAGGGAUUAUGGUGGUCCCAGAGGGAGCAGAAGUAGUCCCGAAACCCAGCCCAGAUUAUCCCAUGCUUCCAACCAUCCCACUUUCUGCCUUUUCUGACCCUAAGAAGAGCAAGACCUCACAAGGAUCAAAGGAGCCCAGCAAGGAGGGAAGCAAAGUGUCCAAAUCCCACAAAACGGCCAAGGAGCAUCGAGAGCGGCCACGAAAAGACUCUGAAAGCAAGGCCACAUCCAAAGGGGACGGUGACCGAGAUGGCGGCAGCAAAAGUAGCCGUGACCCUUCCUCGUCUUCAUCCUCAUCAUCGAAGAAAAAAGAGAUCAAAGUGAAAGAAGAGAACAAAGUCCUGCCCAAAGCUGCUUUCAAGGAGCCCAAACUCACGUUGAAGGAGUCCAAAAUGGAAGGCAUGUCUCCUAAAGGAGGGGGGGCAGUGGUGUCGGCGGGUGGUGGAGGGGGAGGUGGAGUGGCCGAUGGAAAAGCCCCUAGCAAACGACCUUCCAAUGCAGAGUCGCCCAAACCUAGUGUCAAGAAGCCAAAGAAGGGGGGCUCAGAGGGGUCAAAAGACUCUAGCAGUGGGGGAUUCACCGGCACCUCCCCCCGGACUGCGUCCUCCACCACAGUCUCCUCGGGAUAUGCGGAUAAGAAGGCCUCUAAAGAGAAGGGACGCUGGGCCAAGGGCAAGUCAGAGACCCAGGAGGUCAAGGAGUCCAAGAAGCCUCCGGAAUCUGAUGACUCCAACUCGGAUGAUGAGGCCUCGUCUAAAUCUGAGCAGUCAGCACCUUCCAGCCCGUCUAAUUCCAGCUCCAGUUCAGAGUCUAGCUCUGACUCAGACUUUGAGCCACAGCAGAAACAAGGCCAAGUAGGCCCGCUGCGCACUAUGGUGGAGGACCUCCAGUCGGAGGAGUCCGACGAUGACGAUAGCAGCUCAGGCGAAGAGACGCCAGUCAAGAACAACCUGCCCAGUCGAGACUCCAGACUGAGUUUAGACAGCGAGAGCGACUGCAGUGACGGGCCGCAGCGUCCCAGUCGAGACCGACCCCCUCAGCCGCAGAAACACAGCUCCACCAACAACAAGGUCUCGGGCAGAAAGAGUCCAGACCCUUGUCUACGUCAAGAAAAGGUCCUGAAGAAGGGAUACGACAAGGUAGGAAGGGCGUACACUGAAGAGCUGGUAGACCUUCAUCGCAAGCUGAUGGCAUUAAGAGAGCGUAACGUUCUACAGCAGAUCGUGAACCUCAUCGAGGAGACGGGCCACUUUAAUGUCACCAACACAACUUUUGACUUUGACCUUUUCUCAUUGGAUGAGUCAACUGUCCGUAAACUACAGAGCUACCUGGAGGCCACCGCCACAUGACAGGAAGUCCAUCAAGGCUGGAGGGAGGGGGGAGGCUGCCCUUUUUCACCUCUUUUGUCCCGAGAGAGGGCUGCAAAAAGGUGAAAAUUGUUCACAGGAAAUGAAAACAGUGGGGAAACAAAUCACGAAAAGGAGUGAAUCAUACAGUAUUUUGAUGAGGAAGUGCAGCAAUUCAACACUACGACACUUCUUCUCUCCUCCUCAAUAUCCUGUCGGACAGGAAGAUCUCUUCUGAACGGGGCCAGAACUGCUAGAGGGUCAUAUUCGAAAUCGGCUGGAGAGAAAGCAAAAGUCUCUCUGUAGCCAUACGCACUGAUGCAUCAAGGGUUGCAACCUUUUAUAUUUUAUUUUUGUACCAAUGUUUUUCAAGGUAUUUUUGAUUGUGGUCGGAAAAGGAAGCCCCACAUGCCAUGAAUGUAUCGCUUUUUAUCCUCUAGGGCUAGUCUUAGUGCCUUUUUCACACCAUCUCAUUUGUGCUCUUAGAAAUUACAGCAGUGUUAUCUUUCACUCCGACUUUAGUCAAUCCUUCUGUGUAUGUGGGAUACCUGGAUAUCGUCCCGGGGAGAUUCUGAUUUGUACGCCAAUAUGCAUCAAUCCUCAUUUAGGUGUUCGCCAAACGGGCCUUAGAACUUAAAUGUUGUGCAUUGCUAGUGCAGCUUGUGGAAGUAUUUGGAAGUCUGUGUUGGUCUCUGUGUUUUCUGUCAUCAUAUCUGGUUUAUUCAUUAGGCUAAGCGGGAGAGACAAAAGAAAAGGACAAGACAAGCUGUUUUUCUCUCAGUGGCCCCUAGCAGAACAACAGUCUGUAGAUUCACUGUGCUUCUGACUCUCUCUCUCUCUCUCUCUCUCUCUCUCUCAGAGCGACUACAUCUCGGCUUCACUUCGCCUCUGCGUGUCCAUUCUUAUGCUAAUAGCUUUAAGAGGCUCCAUGGCCUGAGCUGCAGACCACAUGCCCUUAACUUCACCCUUCAAGAGUCUGGGAGUGUCGUUUGCAUGGGUUUUAAAUCUUCAACCGAUUCGUUGUCUGAAUCUUGGCUAACAAUAACGUUUAUAACUUUGAAACGAUUAGAGAUGUUUGGGCGUUUUUCAGCAAGAGAAUGAUUGAGUGUUAUGUGCGUGAACUUUUAACUCCCAGCUCUUGUUUUGUGAACUUUAACCUUUGACCGGAUACUGGUUCGGGUCAGCCUGUCAUAAAGGGGCGGGGCAAGAGGCAAAGUGGAGUUAGGUGAACUUGAGUGGCGGCUCUGAAAAGACAUCCCACUGAGUACACCCAGGUUUUUUUUUUUUUUUUUUUAAAUAUAUAUAUAUAUUAUUUUGAGGGGGUUAUUUUUUUUUAUUUAUGUACCUCUGCACUUUUGGCUUUGUUGACUCAAGUACUUAAUUGUCUAAUCUGUAUUUUUAAGAAUUUUGUACAAUAUUUACAUGCAAUAUGAUAUUAAUUUGUCAAUUGUUUUGUGUCAAGAAUUGCCAUUUUUUUAAGGAUUUUUUCCCCCUCUGUAUCAGCACAUUAUAUCAUGAUAGACUGUAAAAGUGACCAUAAGAACUUGAAACUUACUUCAGGCCAAUAUAUAUGAGUUCAUGGCAGGGUGUGUUUGCAUAUCAGAUGAACUUCUACUAGCAUCUGUUUUGUUGUAGCCUCAUUAUUAUCCACUACAAGGGGGGACUGCAUAUUUGCGAAACGAACAAGUGUUUGUGAGUUUAUUAAUGAAUUUGAUUUAAACCAUGCUGAAAAAAAAUGUCUUAAUAGUUUGCUGGUCUUCGAGGCGGUUUUGGGUACUUGUUAGCCAAUUCAUCCCUCUAAGACCAGCUAGUUUAAACAUCUUAUAUUUUUCCCCAGAAAGAAAGUGAAGAACCUCUGUAUUUUGUACAUGGGAUGCAGCAAAGAACACUAAUGAAGGGGGAUUUCGCCCAUUUUGCGUAGUCGCACAUGUACAGUAGACAGUCGGAAUCUCAUUAAUCGACGGUUAAUACUGCAUCAACAUUUUCACACACUUCGCUUGCAGCUGCAGAGAGCUGUCUUGUCAGUCAGUCAGUGGUGGUUUUAUUUGUGUUUGUGAGCGCGGAAGGACUUACUGUAUUUAUCCGUGGGGUUUGGGGAGGUCUGGGUUUUUACAUAUGUUUUGAUAACGUGGUAGAAAACCUUCCUUGAUCUGAACAGAAGAGUAACCCUUUAGUAUGACGUGUUAAACUUGACAUACAAUGCCACCAUGUGGUCAUAUGAUGCAAGUUGUAAUAAGGGCAAAAGAUGUUACUUUUUAUGUUUUUAUUGCAAAGUCAUAUUAUGAAUAAAGUCAUUUGAGUACUGUUCAA